UCUAAGUUUUGCUUCCUCCAACCAAGUUGCACUCGGGGAUGGCUCUAGGCUGUGCGAGGCUCCUUAUUUUCCUGCGCAGAGCAAAUGGCUCGUCUCAUGUGCACAGAAAGGCUGGAAAAUAUUUUUUGUGAUCUGAGUGCAGCAGAGAGUCUAGGAUUCCAGAGGAAGUGGAGGCCUCCCGCUCCACACAGGAAACAAUCUUCAAGCAGGCCUUAAAUGCCAGAUUCCAGGCCGAGUUUAACUAACCACUGACAGCUCUGUAAACAAAGCAAGGACAAAAAGAGCCCGCUUCCCCUUUUCUGGUAGUCAUUUUGGGUUCGGGGGCUGCAGGGGAAUUCUGGAAUACUUGACUCCAUGGCACCGAAGCGCAGGGGAAGCGGGCUCCGCAGCUGAAGAGCUGGAAAGGGAGGAUCUUUCUGGGAUUAAAACCAUCACAGAGGAGAUCCAGACAUCAUCUGGUCUCCCUAAACCUGAAACCACACCAUGGAUGAUUUUGAACGUCGCAGGGAACUGAGGAGGCAAAAGCGGGAAGAGAUGCGCCUGGAAGCAGAAAGAAUCGCCUACCAGAGGAAUGACGAUGAUGAGGAAGAGGCUGCCCGGGAACGGCGCCGGCGAGCCCGACAGGAAAGGCUGCGGCAGAAGCAAGAGGAAGAAUCCUUGGGGCAGGUGACCGACCAGGUGGAGGUUCACACCCAGAACAGUGUGCCGGACGAGGUCAAGGCCGCCACCACCGCCAACACGCAGGUGGAGGGCGAUGACGAGGCCGCCUUACUGGAGCGCCUGGCUCGGCGGGAGGAGCGGCGCCAGAAACGCCUGCAGGAGGCGCUGGAGCGGCAGAAGGAGCUGGACCCCACGAUCACCGACGCCGGCUUGUCUCUGUCCGGCGGGAGAAUGCGGAACGACACGACAGAAGAUGACUCGGCAGAGAAGGAAGAAAAAAGCGAAAGUCGCCGAGAAAGAUACGAGUUGGAGGAAACAGACAUAGUCACCAAGUCCUACCAGAAGAACGACUGGAGGGAGGCAGAAGAGAAAAAGAAAGAAGACCAAGAAAAGGAGGAAGAGGAGAAGCCAAAGCGAGGGAGCAUCAAAGAAAAUCAGAUCAAAGAUGAGAAGAUUAAAAAGGACAAAGAGCCCAGAGAAGAAGUGAAGAGCUUCCUGGAUGGAAAGAAGGGGUUUACAGAAGUGAAGUCACAGAAUGGAGAAUUCAUGACCCACAAGCUUAAACACACCGAGAAUACCUUCAGCCGCUCUGGAGGGAGGGCCAGCGAGGCCAAGGAGGCAGAAGGGGCUCCCCAAGUGGAGGCUGGCAAGCGCCUGGAAGAGCUGCGCCGCCGUCGUGGGGAAACUGAGAGCGAAGAGUUUGAGAAGCUCAAACAGAAGCAGCAAGAGGCAGCCCUGGAGCUGGAGGAGCUGAAGAAAAAGAGGGAGGAGCGAAGGAAGGUCCUGGAGGAGGAAGAGCAGAGGAGGAAGCAGGAGGAAGCAGAGCGAAAAGUCAGAGAGGAGGAAGAGAAGAGGAGGCUAAAGGAGGAGAUUGAAAGGCGAAGGGCAGAAGCUGCUGAGAAACGGCAGAAGAUGCCCGAAGAUGGCUUAGCAGAGGACAAGAAACCUUUCAAAUGUUUCACUCCCAAAGGUUCAUCUCUCAAGAUAGAAGAGCGAGCAGAAUUUUUGAAUAAGUCUGUGCAGAAAAGUGGUGUCAAAUCAACUCAUCAAGCGGCUGUUGUCUCCAAGAUUGACAGCAGACUGGAGCAAUACACCAGUGCCAUUGAGGGGACAAAAGCUGCAAAACCCACGAAGCCAGCAGCCUCGGACCUUCCUGUUCCUGCUGAGGGUGUCCGCAAUAUCAAGAGCAUGUGGGAGAAAGGGAAUGUGUUUUCAUCCCCCACCGCCUCAGGCACGCCAAACAAGGAAACUGCUGGCUUGAAGGUGGGGGUUUCCAGCCGCAUCAAUGAAUGGCUAACUAAGACCCCAGACGGGAACAGGUCACCUGCUCCCAAACCGUCGGAUUUGAGGCCAGGAGACGUAUCUGGCAAGCGGAACCUCUGGGAAAAGCAAUCCGUGGAUAAGGUCACAACCCCUGCCAAGGUGUGAGACCGUUCAAGAAAGAAGCCAGAGUAGCCACUCAAGAUGCUAGACCAGCUCAGCUGAAGAGGGUUAAUGUGCUCUGUUCUAUAUUUAUGUUGAUUUACUAAAUUGGGUUAAUUUCCUUUUGUUUUAUUUUUCAUUAUCCCAGUAAACCCAUGUAUAUUUUCACUAUAUUUAAUAAUCACAGUCUAGAGAAGUUCAUGGUAAAAGUACUGCCUUUGCACAGGAGCCUGUUUCUAAAGAAACCCAUGCUGUGAAAUAGAGACUUUCUACUGAUCAUCCUAACUCUGAACGGUGACACCAACCACGUCGGAAGUCGAGCAGGAGGAGGUUCAAGCUGAAAAUUUGCCUGAGGAAUGUGUGCAGUGUCCAGAAAAACAAACCAUAGUGGGGUUUGGGGUUUUGUUUUUUGUUUUUUGUUUUACAUACAGAAGUCAUGUUGUUUCUGCACUUUAGAAUAAAGCAUGGAAGAAAUGAUCUCAGUAGGCAAUUGUAACACUUUCUGAAAGUAACGCAUUUCAGAUUUGAGAUUCUGCAAUGAUGAUUGUCUUUUUUAAAAAACGUACUGUUAAGGUAUUACUUUUUUCAUGCUGAUGAUUAUCUAAAUUGGAUGAUGAUGUUAGCAGACAGUGGUACUGAUAUCUUUAGGUUGGUUGCUUUGUGGAUUUCUUUGGUAGUGAUAGUGAACCACAUUUUAGAUGACCUGAUCAUGUAUGUAUGUGCAUACACGUAUACAAACACACUAAUGGUAGAAAGCUUCUUUUAUGUGCUAGACUAUUAUAUUUAGCAGUAUGUCCUUGUAACUAGCCAAUAUCACAGCUUUUCAAAAAUUAAAAAUCACAUUAUAUUAAUAUUCAUAUUUGCCAAUAGAGACAUGGCAGAAUAGGUAUCAAUAUAUCUUCAAUGCCCAAUAGAUGAACUGUAAGAAAAAAAGAGAGAUUUGAAAUGUCAAAAUGAAUUGACAUUUUCUAUAAAGCAUAGUAUUUAGCUUAUAAUGAAAAGCAAUCUUGAAGUCCAAUGUGAAUUUUACUACCACCUGGAUCAAACUCAAAGCUUGCUGAGAACUUUAUUUUGUUAGCAAUCAAGUUCACAAUUGGUUGGCUUCGAGGAUAUCUGAGGUCUCUUCUUUGUCUAAAAUUUAAAGACGAGGAUUUUAGUGACAAGAUUGUCCAGAUCGAAAUUCCAUGUGUGGGUAUGCAAAGACCAGCUUUGGCUAAUGUCUGGAAGCAGAGAAGAGAAGUAAGCAAAUUCCAAUAUUUAAGAGUCAUGAUAGUCCUUCAUCUUUAUUAUACGAAACCAUUUUUUAAAUUAAAAGUUUCUACUUUUAUUAGUCAUUGGUACUUGCCAUAAGUUGAUAAUGUAUUGAACUUUCAAAAAAUAUAUGUAACUUUUAGUAGUUUUACUAUUUUCCCCAAGAGUCUUUAUCAAAUCAUCUUUUUUAUACAUGUAAUCUAGACAUCAGAUCUUACUUUAGCUUAUAAGUGUUCAUCUAUUCUUCAUAAUAGAUGAUAAAAGAGUACUCCUCUGUCUUGGCCAUAUGUUUUAGCAUAGAGAUAUAUAGGAUAGUUCUAUAAACUUAUACCUCAUUUGACUUAACCAAAAGUGUCCUACUCUCAAUUUCUACCACAAUGAGGGAGCCUCACAAAUGACUAUUUUCUAACCUACAGUAUUUCCCUGGAGGAGCCAGCCAGGGCAGGGCUGACAUGAGCAGUGACUACUGCCUUGCAGAGUCUGUUUUUUUCAAAAAUCAGUAAAGAGUAGCUGAAUUCUCUAGCUUUUAGCACACCUGGGCCAAAGGAAGGAAAACCACCAAGAUCGCACACCUCAUCCACCCAUGACAGAAUAGAUAUGAGUCUAUGAUAAGAUAACCUAGAACCCACAUGUAGUGCCUCAUUUAGCAUUGACUCCCAUCACUGGAGUGACAUGGAUCGAAGUUUGAAUUAAGGCCCAUGGUGAUAUAACAUUGCUUUGUUGUACUUUUGAACAAGAGCUUCUCCUGAUCACUAGUAUAUAUAUUUGUUUCUAGAAAGUCUAAAGUUGAGAAGAGAAUAUAUCGAUCCUGACUUUUAUUCCGAUAUUUGGAUGGAAUAAGUUUUAGGGUAGAAUUUUGUUCUUUUGAAAAAAAUAAAUCCCAUGUUUACUUGUCUGAUUACAAUUCUCUGUGUUAUCUUUAAGAGGUAAAACUGCAAGGUGACUAGCAUGUUCUGUGAAUCUGCCAUUCCUAAAAAUUUUAUAAACACUUGAUGUUUUUCACUGAUAACUGAUCGCUGCAAUAAGUAUAUAUUGUGAAAAUGCAUCCACAAUAAAUGGAAUUCCUCCAAAUG